CGGUUUUAUGUCUUUACAUAAUUUGUGCAUCACUUCGUAAAAAAAUGUAGCCUUUAUAAUAGAAGCUAAUCAUAGCUUCUAUGAUUAGCUAAAUUUCUUCUCAGCAGUAAGGGUUUAUAACUGAAGAGGUUUUGAUAGUCUAUAAUUAUCAGAGAGAUCAAGUUAAGGUUAGCUGGGCUGUAAGGUUUCAUUCGUCUCCCUGCCUGGCUUUUCUCUCCACAAAACUCACAAAGCGUCUGCCUGGGGGAGGAAUUAGGGCUUCUCAGUGACGGAGACACCCACAGGCGAUGGGAGCGCACUGCAGCUGUGGAGUAUAAAAAGGCCGGUCAGCUCCACAGGAACACCAAACGCGCUCGUGCGGUGCAUCCGGGUGAGUUGCCUGUCCAGCGGAGAGCAAUGUCUGCCGAGGAGACGCUUCAGGCUAACGGCUUGUUUUACGCCGGGACAUUUCUGGAAAACCUGGAUUCACCGAGUUCCUGAGCAGUAGCGGCGGCGCUAGUUGUGGCAAUUUCAACGGACUUGUCAAACUCCCAGCAGUGGUCCAUCUCCAUGGACUCUAUUUUUACAUGUGUUGCUUCACCUAAAGGAACCACAUGAAACCCGGAACCCAGCUGUCAUGGAGAUUAAACCGGACUCCAACUCUUCAUACUUCAACAGCAGCAACAUGGCACCCAAAGUGGACUGCCCGCAUAACAGCGUUCCUUCGAACCCCAUCAUUGCGAGCCUCACGAUGACUCUAGGCAUCCUGUUCAACGUGAUGGCCCUCAUCAUUCUCAUCAAGGCUUAUACCCGCUUCCGGCGGCGGUCCAAGGCGACCUUCCUGCUCUUCGCCAGCUCCCUCGUGGUCACGGACCUCACGGGACACGUGGUCUCCGGGGGACUGGUGCUGAGGAGAUACUCUACGGCCAAUCUGACGUCCCUGGAUGGUCCGAGAGAUCCAGACAUCCCUUGUCAGUUUCUGGGAGGGUGCCUGGUGUUUUUCGGUCUGUGCCCGCUCUUCCUGGGCUGUGUGAUGGCUACCGAGCGAUGCCUCGGCGUCACCAAGCCUCUGCUGCACGCCCGGCUGGUGACAACAGCGCGGGCCAAAAUAGCCCUGUCUAUGAUCUGGUUCUUGGCUCUAUGCGUGGCCCUGCUGCCCGUUUUCCAACUAGGGGACUACACUUACCAGUACCCGGGUACUUGGUGCUUUAUCAAAGUGGUGGACAUAAAUGCCAAAGAUCUGACCUUUGUGACGCUGUUCUCUGGUCUGGCUUUGAGCUGUCUUGCUCUGGCGUUUAUCUGCAACACCAUCAGUGGGAUGACGCUCAUUAGAGCGCGGCUAAAGAAGAAUUCCUAUUCCCAGAGGUUCUCUGCUAGAUCUCACGACACUGAGAUGGUGGUCCAGCUGGUUGGCAUCAUGGUCACUUCCUGCAUCUGUUGGAGCCCUCUGCUGGUCUUUUCGUUAAUGUCAGCCGCGCGCUCCUACAGCGAAUCCCGCCUGGGCGAGGAACUCACCUGCACUUACAGCAAACUCAUGAUGACUGGCGUCAGAAUGGCCACCUGGAAUCAGAUCUUGGACCCCUGGGUCUACAUCCUGCUGAGACGGGCCAUCCUCCGAAAAAUCUACCGCAUAACCAAAAAGCAGGCCAGCUUCAAGGGGAGCACCUUCCGCUCCGUCCGCUGGGACGUUAGCUCCCUCCAGAAGCCGGACAGUAUGCCGGUGAAAAAUACUUAACAGGAAACUAAUAAAACAGUCAUAAAGUCUGCCUCUGAUGGUUUCUUUGUGUACAAAGAAGACCAAAAAAUGGCUAAAAUACAUAGGUUUUCUAUGUAUGAGUAAAUAUACCACACAAAAAAGAGGACUUAAUGAAAACUGCUACUGGUUUAUUACAGUGCAAUGGCAGCCUCUCCUUCCUGAAAGCACAAAUACAGAGGGGCUUAAUAGUCUGGAAAACUUUUGAUGUUCAAUUACAUCAUUUGGUAUACUUUCUGAUUAACGCCAGAUGGUUUCCGUGAUCUAAACUUCGAGUUGUGACUGAGUUUCCUGUCUUCGUAAACAGGAAAGACCGAUCUUCUUGACGCAAUGUACCAAAGUGCAAUAUUCCACAAACAAAGAAGAUUUCUAAAGAUUUGAAGACGAGACCACCAGAGCUGGUACUUCCAUUAGCUCAGAUGGAGAAGAUAAAAAUCCCCUGUGUCGGUAUUACUACCUAUAAAUGAUUGGCUAAUGAAGAUCCUUUCCAGAAACAGAAAGUGAUGUCACCAAGACAUCUCUCACAUUGGCUGUGUUAUAACUCACGAGCAAUGAUGCUGCUCAUGGUUGGUUUAUACUAGUGAUUGGUCUAUGAAAUUGUGAGAAAACAUUUAGAAAUUUGUUUUGUGGACAUAUUUAACCAAACCAGCAAUUAUUUUUAAUCUCAAUAAGCAACAGGUUGAAAAAAAAUUAAGAAAUGACAUCUACAAAUGAGGUAAAAACUGCCAAUUUUCUUUAACAUGGUCAAAGGUCCAAAGUGGAUUGAUUUAAUUCAACUGACUUGGGUCGUUUUUUGGUUUUCCACUCAAAAAAAUGGGUUAAAGUGAACAAUGAGUAGUUUUAAACAAGGAAUAAAAGAAAGCAUAACCAAGAGUCAGGAAAGGUUGAAUUUUGGGGUUUGAGCCUGUGGGUGAACUGGUUUUUCCAGGGGUCAAUGAGCAAAAGGCAAGAGACCACCUGGAAAGGUAACCAACCUGUAAUAAAGCAACAUGGGAUUGAGCUAGACAAAUAGCAAUGCACCCACACGCGCGAUACAUGUUUUUAAAUGGUAGGAGGAAGCCAGAGUACUCAGAGAAAAGCUGAGCAUACAUAAGGGGAGUUAAAAUAAAAACCUACUAAUAUCCAAUAUAUUUUUUUUUCUCGCAGAACCAAUAAUUUACAUAUAUUCAUGUUCGGUAUAGAACACUGUGUAAAAUAUUGUGUGUUCAUAACAAGCUUAUGACCAUUUCUUUGGGCAAAGUGUCUGUGAUGACCCUAGCUAGCAUUAGCUAUUAGCAUGUAAACACCACUGUCCCAAAAGCACAGGCGCAGCAUUUGAGUUAACAAAAAAGCCCAGCAGUGGGUGUGUGCGUUUGUAAAACUAUCUGCAAAUUGUCACUGUGGUCUUAUAAUUUUUAUGGCCUGUUUUUCAAAACCGAGCUAAGAAUCUUAGCUCAAAGUAGCUUAGCCAAAGAAAUGUUUUCACAUUCAGAAGAAUCAUUAGCUCUGGCUUGUACCAGCGAAAUGUUUGGAAAUCCUGCUUGGACCAAAUCUGAAGAGCAUGUUGAUCACCUUUAAAGACAAUGAACAUAAGCACUGAAAGCUAAAUUGAAGAUGAAUGUUUUAACAAGUAAUGCUAAUGUUGAAGAAGGGAAAAACUUGAAGAGAGAUUUGGAAAGCUAGAUAAAUCCAGGAACUAAAGUUAUCUUGUUCAGAGAAUGGGGAUAAACACUUUAGUAUGUAAUACUGAAUCUAUUUACUUAACAUAAGAAGCACUCUAUAUAUUUAUUGGCACCCCUGGUAAAGAUGUUUAAACACUUUCAAAUAAAUUUAUCGCAUGCAGCUGCUGAUCUCAAAUGGAAAAAAAAAGCUGAUUCAAUUUGAACAUAUUUACGACAUUUGAGAGGAAAAUCCUGUAAUAAUAAUUAUUUUCCACAAAAUCACAGAUUCCACAGUUAAUGGUUCCCCUAAUGGUUACUCUCAAAUAAAACAAAAGCAUUUAUGCGUGAUGUGGCGCAGAGGCAGAUUAUUUUUAAUCUCACCACAGAGAGAGGUGAAUUAAAUCUCCAUAGCUCACCUCUAAAGAACUGCAGCAAACAGUGGAGUCUCCGUAGCAACUGCAAGAGGUUACACAAAUCGGUGGAGGAUACGGUAGAGGAUCUGUGAUGCUAUGGGCCCGUUUCUCUUUCAAAGACUCUAAGAAUUUAAGGGUGUCACACAUCUUUACCGUAAAUAAUAGUAAUAAAUCUAAUUCAUGCAACUCUUUUUAGGAUGUGAAGGGUGCUGUAUAUUCGCACUUAAAAAUACUUGUACUCUAUUGUCUGUAAGUUUGUUUCUCAUUCUCAACUGAGGACAUACCUAACUCUUAAGUUUUUUUUAAGGAUGUAAAACUGUUAAAGUAUCACUGUAAAUAGAAUCCAUUUUUGUCUGAACUGUAAUAUAUUCGUAUUUGUUUUUGAGGUAAGACUUGCAAAAGUCUUAGAGAGAACGUCUCAUUGUAAACGGCGGUUUGUUUGUCCGACUCUGUAAAAGUCAGGGACUUGUCCCUGUGUUCACAUGAGAGUAAAAGGACAGGCUUUUACCUCAGCAUGAAGAUGUGAAAAUUACGAUGUGUGUAGCCCGUGUAGUCCUGUGACAGGAAUGUAGAUGUUGUGAAUGUAAUUACUGUGCAUCUGCUUUCCCCCAAUAGUCUGGGGCAGUGAAGUGAAGCUGACUGAAUGUGAUGCUGUUAAAAAAAAAAGAAAUAAAGAAUGUAAAAUUGUUUAUUAAAACUGAUUUCUUCUA